ACGACCCCCAUCGAUUUUUACACGCCAUCAGCCGAUAGCAGCUUGCUAGGAGCUACCAUCUCUAGAGCAACGGCCGCAGAAAAAAGAUAUACUAUUCGGUAAUUUACGCGUGGAUUUAGCACGCGCCGUGAAACCAGAAGUUUCAGACCAGCCUUUCCGAGAUCUGAUCAGUGAACCUUGCGGGCUCCCAGCUCCGACAUCGCAAAGGAGUCGGAGCGCACAAGAUGUCGUACCCGCCGCGGGCGCCCUUGCCGCCCUUCAUGAAUACAGCCAUACCGCCGCCGCACAUAAUGCAGAACAUGGCCAAGCCGCCGAGGAGCUUCCGCAACUCGGCCACCAUUAGCUCACAGCCGACAGUAUACCAACGACCGCCGGAGCCGCAGCCACAGUUCCGCGGUCCCAUCAUUACCGUCUUCGUGGGCAACAUCAGCGAACGCGUCCCGGAGGCACUGCUCAAACGCAUCCUGACCGCUUGCGGCAUGGUCAUCAAUUGGAAACGGGUCUCCACAUUCGGCUUCUGCGAAUUUGACGGACCUAUUGCGGCGAUGCGAGCCGUUCGCCUGCUCAGCGAGAUGGAGAUCGAUGGCAAGAAGCUGGUAGCCAAGGUGGAUGCCAAGAACAAGGUGCUCAUCGAGGAUUACAAGGAGCAGGAGUGCAAGAACGGCGAUCGCUCCAACCCAGUGGACGAAAAGACCGAGGACGAGUUCGCCAUUGCCCAGAUGCACGAGUUCCUGGAAGAGCACAAGCAUGAGUUCGAAGGAUUCGAUAGCAGCAGUCGCGCCGAUUUGUACGGCAGCGCCAAUCGCAAUAAGAAGACACGCCGGGAGGAAGACUUGAAGAUGAAGGUGCUAAGCGAAAAUACCCUGGAGGAAGAGAAGCGCAACCUGAUUAGCAGCGAGAUAGGCAAAUUCCGUAUGCGUGCGGAGGAAGACGAGCACCGCAAAGAGCUGGAGAAGGAGAAGGAAAAGGAGAAGCUUGCGGCCAGCAAGGAGAAGGAGCGCAAAAAGCAGCGCGAAAUGGAGCGCAUGUCGGCGACCAGCAAGUCUGGCAGCUCAUCGACAGCGGGCACCAGUUCCUCCGGCGCCACAGCCACCUCUUCGACACCCGCCGCCGAUGGGGCUGACAUGUCGGAUAAGACGGACAAGGAAUCAGUCACCGUUGUGAUCAAGGACACAGCUAAGGAGCCGAAGGAAUCUGCCUCCUCCACCGGACGCAAGGAGUCGUCGUCUGCCAUCGAGAUAACACAGAAGGACCGCCGCUCUGACUCCAAGGAGACACGUCGCCGCCGCUCCAAAUCCCGCUCCAAGGAUCGCGAACGGGAACGUGAGCGUGAGCUGCGCGAGCUUCGCGACAAGGAGCGCGAACGUGAAAGAGAUAGGGAACGGGAGCGUGAGCGCGAGCGGGAACGCAACGAAAUGCGCGAACGGGAGCGCAACGAGAUGCGCGAACGGGAACGCGAAAGGGAGCGUGAACGGGAGCGCGAGGACAAGCUGCUGAAGCCAGCCCGGGACACGUGGCGAGAAAAGGAAAUGGAGGACGAACUGCGCGACCGCAAGAAAGCCGAGAAGAAGGCGCGCGAAAAGGAGAUCGCCUACCAGACGCGCCUAACCGACUGGGAGGUUCGCGAGAAGCGCAAGGCCAAGGAGAACGAGAAGUACCGCCUAAAGGAGCUGCUGCGCCAGGAGGAGCGCGAGACGGACGCCAAGCGACUGAAGGAGUUCGUCGAAGACUACGACGAUGAGCGCGACGAUUCGCUGUAUUAUCGCGGCCGCGAGCUGCAGCAGCGACUGGCGGAACGAGUGCGCGAGGCGGAUGCCGAUUCCAAGGAUCGCGAGAAGGAGGCCGAAGAAUUGGCCGAGCUGAAGUCCAAGUUCUUUAGCGGGGAAUACGAGAAUCCGUCGCUGGAGUUCGAAAAGGCGCGUCUCGAGAUCGAGAAGCUCUACGAGCCGCGCAUCCUGAUCAAUGUGAACAAAGAGCCUCCGGCAGCGUCGUCAGCAUCGGUCCACCAGCGCAAGCCGGCCGCCUCGGCGACGGGCGAAGACGACGAGGGGCAGAAACAGCGACAGAAGAGCCAGCAGCUGGACAGCUACGACCCAGACAUGGCCGGUACGAAUGAUGAUGACUCCGUGUCGAACGACGAACGCGCAUCCAUGGCCGACACAGCUUCCAAUGCCAGUGGUGCCUAUGCCAAGAACAACAACAACGACCAGUCGCUGUCGAACAGCCUGAGCAGGCAGAACAGUGAGUCGCGCGAUUCGCUGGCCCAGAUCCACACUCCCACGCAGAGCGCGAUGCUUAAUGAACAAGAAUCGGGCCACGAUGCCAUACUGCCCUCGGCCACGCCGCCCAUGACCAUGCCCCUCAUCUCGCUGACGCUGGGCAAUAACCUCAAGAAGAAAAAGAUAGAAGCCACCGGAGUGUUUGUCAACGACGACGACAACGAUGAGAACAUCAAUCCCAAGAAGCGUAAACUGGUCCCGCUAGACUACGAUGACAACAUAAGCAACACCACGCCAUCCAAUCAUGCAGCCAGCAGCGGCAGCGGAGCUGCGAACAGCAGCAGCAGCAACAACAAUAACAGCAGCUCGGCGGAUCGCCAAAGCUCCGCCGUGUCGGCGGCCACCGCUGCAGCCGCUGCCGUUAGCCAGAAGAUCGCCCAGGCGUUCGGCGGCGGCUCAUCGGGGUCGGGUUCUGGUUCGGGAUCCGGCUCUGGCGGCUCCGGUUCGAACACAUCCGGCGGCAAGAACAACGGCGGCAGCAGCAGCAACAAACAUAGCAACAGCAAACAUGGUAAGAAUGAGGCAGCUGCAUCUGCUGGCAGUAGCGCAGAUGCUGCCGCUGCGAACAUCAAAAAGGAUGAGAAUGGUGCAAAGGUGUAUGAUGAAAAACGGCGGCAUAUAAAAAGCAUUAUUGACAGGAUUCCCACGCAAAAGGAGGAGCUAUUUAAUUAUAAGCUUGACCGCAACGAGAUUGACAGCGGUCUAAUGGAACGCAAAAUACGUCCAUGGAUCAAUAAGAAAAUCAUCGAGUAUAUCGGUGAGCCGGAGCCGACGCUAGUGGACUUUAUAUGUUCCAAAGUGUUGGCCGGCAGCCCGCCUCAAAGCAUCUUGGAUGAUGUGCAAAUGGUACUCGACGAGGAAGCCGAGGUCUUUGUGGUGAAGAUGUGGCGUCUGCUCAUCUACGAACUGGACGCCAAGAAGAGCGGCCUUGCGGGGAAGUAGUAAGGACAUGGGAUGCCCGUCGUGCGCAUCGCUGGGGAACUGGGCGGGAGCAGGUGCGGAUCGAGGGAUCGAUGGAGGAGCAACAGCGUGAAGUUAGAUUCUAAGUUACUCUUACGGAACCUAUGCGAUUACAAAAUUGUACAUAAGGGGCGUGCUCCGGGAAUUGUUGCGGCCAAAUGUCCAGCUUUGUUUUCUAAGCAUCUGUCGCGUGCAAGGGAUUUACAAGAAAUUGAUGAGAAGCGAGCCAAUCGUAAAGAGCAGCUUCAUUGAUUUCUAAAAAUCCACCUUGUUGGCGUUAAUUGAUAACUAUUAAUCAUCGAUAUUUGUAAAUAUACACCGAACUCACUUAUAAAUUUACACCACACCAGAUGCAAUAGAAAUAAAAAUCGCAUAGCCCAUGUAAA